GAUGGCAGUCAGCAUGACAAAGUAUUUUUUUGUGCCGAUGAAUAUUCUCUGCAGACAAGCUUUUGGAAUCGUUAAAAAAUAAGAAAUUAGUUUUUUUUUCAUCUUUAACAUAAAAUGAAGCUGAGGAUUCGUUUUCGAGGUCGUAGAGAACUUAUUGAGCUUUCAAAUACACACGAAAUAAUUUUGUCUGAUGUAAAACGAGCUGUUUGUCAACAACUUUCGUUAUCGGAUAACAGUUUUCAGCUGUCAUUAGAUGGGAAGACACUGCUACCAACAGAAAAUGGAUCCACACUCAGAGACUUGGGUAUUGUCGGGGGUGAUCUUCUACAUGUAUUGUUCAACGAGGCUACUACCUCAGGUACUUCCUUCGCAUCAGCUGCAGAAAGAGGUGCCACAAAAAAUAAAACACAAGAUGGUAACCAAGAGUUAUUGGAACAACUGCUUCAAAUGGGCUUUGCCAAGGAAUCUGCACUGAGAGCUCUUCACACUACCAAAGCAAUAUCACUGAAUGAAGCCUUGGACAUCCUCAGUAGAGAACAAAUAUCUACAUCAAAUGCCCCAAGCACAUCAAAAGAGCCAUGUCAUCUCCAUGAAGCUAUGGACACUGAAAAGUCAAAUACAAAUGAAAAUCCCACUGUGAAUAAAAAACAAAUGGAUAAGAAAGAAAUGGCAGAGGCUCAUGGUGAUGACGACAGGAGUAAAGACACUAAAUAUCAUCCUAAUGUAACAUAUCAACCUUCACGUGAAGAUACACAAAAGCUACGGAAAAUAGAAUAUACUCCCAAGGCAUUGCUGUGCCGAGAUGGUAUUCCAUAUUUACUACAGAUGUGUUAUGAACAAGCAUUAAUAACUACACUACAUGAGGCUGUGUGCAUUGCUAUUCAUGUAUUGAUGUUGGAAACUGGCUUUGUUAAUCAUAUAACACAGGAAAGUGUAGACAAACAUCCACAAUCAGACGAAGGACCUUCAACCUCAACAAAAGAAGACACAAUUAUACCAAGUUACACUCCUGUUGUUCCAGAUAACUGGAGGACAAAUUGUGGUGCAAAGUUUGUGUAUGUUCAUCCUGCUUGUCCUCGGUUAACAUGCCGUCUGGUGUGCACAUCUCUUGGGCCAUAUGUAUUAGCACAUGGAAUGUCAACCUCUCCCUCUUGCAGUGAAGUUCAUCAGUGCAGGCUUUCUGCAGCAGAUUUUGUCAAAGGCAAUGUGGACCUUAGAGCCAAUAUUUUAGGUGCUGCAGAUGUGUACAGGAAUCUACAGCGCCUCUCGUUAUCAGUCAAAGACCAGAUUGCAUACCCACUUCUGUCCUCCAUGAGACAUGAGCUGAAUUUAGAAGAAAUUUAUGGAUUCAUGGCUUUGCCAGCUGAAGUGAAGCUGAUGGUUCUAUGCCUGUUACCUGUCAAGUGUAUCCUUAACAUGUCUGUCACCUGUCGAGAAUUGCACGCCCUUGCCGACGACCACACCCUGUGGCAACAUCUGUGCUUCAGAGAUUUUGGUUUGCUGACUAAAGGAAAAUACUCAUCUUGGAAAACGGAAUAUGGACGACAUCACAAAGACGUGAUUGAGAAAGAGAGAAACAGACAGAUUUUAUCUCAAGCACAGCGAUACUAUGAUCAACCUGGAAUAUACAACCCGUAUGCUCCUUUCACACCACCUGGGAUACUUG